UAAAAUAAAAAUUAAAAAGGUCGAGAACAUAAAAUAACGCGUAAAAGAAAAACAAAAAAAAAAAUUGAAGGAAAUUGCGUCUUCUUUGACGGAGACGAAAACCCUAACGCACCAGAAAGAGCAGCUCUCUCUCUCUCUCUCUGUGUCAAAACAUGGCUCACCCGACCUCCUCAUCGGAUCACGAGAGAGGAUCCGACCCAAAUACCCGACUUUACGAUCCCUACCGCGACCUUCAGGUUCCGAGCCGUUACCUCUACCAGCUCCCAACCUCCCAUGAGUUCGUCUUCGUUGAAGAAGCUAAACGCCAACGCCGAUCCUGGGGUGACAACAUUACCUUCUAUACGGGCACCAGUUGUCUUGGCGGUGCGGUAGCUGGCGGCGCCUCCGGCUUCGUUACCGGCGUAAAGUCCUUCGAACCCGGCGACACCACGAAGCUCCGAAUUACUCGGAUACUCAACGCCUCCGGACAUACGGGUAGGGCUUGGGCGAAUCGGUUAGGUGUGAUCGGGUUGAUGUACGCGGCUGUUGAAGGUGGCGUCAAUGCGGUUAGGGAUAGUGACGAUGUGUGGAAUAGUGUGGCGGCGGGGCUGGCUACCGGCGCUCUGUAUAGGGCGGCGAGAGGGGUUAGGUCGGCGGCUGUGGCGGGUGCGCUCGGUGGUGCUCUGGUUGGUGUAGCCGUGACGGCGAAGCAGGUGCUCAAGCGAUAUGUUCCGAUUUGAGUUGGGCGGUUUUUCUCUGAGUGCGUAAUUUGUUGUUUAUUUUACUUUCGCUGCCAAUUUUGAUAGGUUAGUUAGGGCAUAGGGCAUGGAAGAAAAAUGAUUAUAAAAUGCUCUGGUUGGGACCGGAAUUAACUUUCUUUUCUAUUGAUUGAUGUUGGAGCAUGGAAAGCAACAUGCUUUCGUUAUAUGGUAAUACUAAAUUCAAACUGCAAUCUGUCGAAUUAUCUGAGGGUAAUUAAUAAUUUAAUGGAUUUGAUCUUGUGGAUA